AACCAUAUUUGAUGGUCUCAGAGUUGGACAUCCAUCUCUUCGAAGAUUGGUACCCUGAAGACCCAACCCCGAUCUAGACCAUAACAUCCUCAACGGGCUAUUUAUUUGUGCUGAGUAAGGCGACUCGCGCGAGGCCUGCCAACAUUGACGAUGGCCUUUGUUGCUGUUGGUUUUCUAGCUUCGAUCACGGUAGCAAUGAUUCAUAUCCUGGCAAGCGGCAAAAAGAACUGUGCUAUCCGUUGGAUUCGAAAGUCCGCACCAUGUAAACACGGGAUACUUCGGCUUCGCUUGAUUCCUCCUUGGCCUACGCCCAUCCUUGUCAUCAGUUGGCUUGAGCUAUAUUGCUGUUAUCCCACACCCAGACUCCCUAUACCUGAGGCCACUUGGCACCUUGAUCGCAUAUAAUAGUGUGGGGAAACAUGAAUCAAGACAGGAAUCAAGCGUCGUUACAACUGUGACACUACAAGCGGAACGGCCCAUAUUCCGUUAGCAGUUC